AUGGCAGAAGCGAGUAUUUCAGAGGAUCACUUCAUGUGUUCAGUGUGUCUGGAUCUGCUGAAGGAUCCUGUGACUGUUCCCUGUGGACACACUUACUGCAUGAGAUGCGUCACGGACUGCUGGAAUCGAGAAGAUCAGACGGGAAUCUACAGCUGCCCUCAGUGCAGACAAACCUUCAGUCCAAGACCUGUUUUAAGGAAGAAUGUGAUGUUUGCUGAGAUGAUGGAGAAACUGAAGAAGACUGAAGUCAGAUGUGCUGUUUCUGAUCACUGUUCCGCUGGACCUGCAGAUGUGGAGUGUGACGUCUGUACUGGAAGAAAACACAAAGCCAUCCAAUCCUGUCUGCUGUGUCUCAACUCUUACUGUCAAACUCAUCUUGAGCAACACCAGAAUCUCUUCAGAGGUAAAAGACACGACCUGAUAGACGCCACUGCACCACUUCAUGACGUGAUCUGCCCUCGACAUGACAAGAUUCUGGACAUUUACUGUCGCACGGAUCAGAAGCUUAUAUGUACUCUGUGUAUAGAUGAACACAAAAACCACGAGAAAGUUUCAUCUGCAGCAGCAUGGACGGAGAAACAGAGUCAGUUUGGAGAAAGAAAGAAUCAACUUCAGCAGCAGAUCCAGAAGAGACAGAAAGACCUUCAGAAGAUCAAAGAUGCUGUGGACUCUCACAAGUGGUGUGCACAGACAGCAGUGGAGGACUGUGAGAUGAUGUUCACUGAACUGAUCUCAUCCAUUGAGAGAAGACGUUCUGAGGUGACGCAGCUGAUCAGAGAUCAGGAGACGGCUGCAGUGAGUCGAGCUGAAGGACUCUUGGAGCGACUGAAGCAGGAGAUGGAUGAUCUGAGGAGGAGAGACGCUGAGCUGGAGAAGCUUUCACACACACAUCAUCACAUCCAUUUGCUGCAGAGUUUUCAGUCUCUCUCUGCACCACCUGAAGCUCCGGACGACAUCAGUGUGACUUUCCUCUUUUCUUUUGAUGCUGUGAGAGAAUCUGUCCGUCAGCCGAGAGACAAACUGCAGGAUUUCUGCACACAGCACAUGAGAAAGAUCUCCGAUUCUCUUCAGUUGACUCUGGAUCUAAACACGGUGAAUAAAGAGCUCUGUCUGUCUGAGGACAACAGAGAGAUUACAAACACUCUCACACAGCAUCAGUAUCCUGAUCAUCCGGACAGAUUUGAUGCGCGUCAGGUGUUGUGUAGAGAGAGUGUGUGUGGACGCUGUUACUGGGAGAAUGAGUGGACUGGUAAAGUUGUGGAGAUAUCAGUGUCAUAUAAGAGCAUCAGGAGGAAGGGACGGGGUGAUGAGAGUAAGUUUGGAAGUAAUGAUCAGUCCUGGAGUUUGAUCUGCUGUGACUCCAGUUAA